AUGGCUGCUGUUGUGCUCCCCCAGACACCUCGUUUGAAGCUCCCAAAGAUAUCCCCCUACUUUCCCAAGCCUCUGGUUGACCCCGAUUCGUGUCUCCCUUUUCCGCCCAUCGAUGCGCCAUCUUUUGGAUUAGUCCAAGAACAACUUGCCCACGAUCCUUUCCGUCUGCUGAUUGCCACCGUAUUUCUGAAUCGUACCCGUGGGGGCGUUGCGCUGCCAGUCCUGUUUAAGGUCUUUGAUAGAUUUCCCACCGCGGAAGCGAUGGCUUCGGCGGGACCAUCCAACCUGGCUGCCAUGAUCCACUGUCUCGGAUUCCAAAACCAGCGCGCAAAGAAGUGUAUCACUUUAGCCCAGACCUGGUUAACCUGCCCACCCACGAAAGGAAAACGCCACCGCAAGCUUCAUUACCCCUGCAAGCAAGACGGACGUGAUGUCGGCCCGGAUGAAACCAUUUCUGACGAUGACCCUCGCGUUGCCUGGGAGGUGGCUCAUCUACCUGGCGUCGGACCUUAUUCCCUGGACAGCUGGCGGAUCUUCUGCCGUGACGAACUUCGAGAAUUGGCGUUGGACUGGAAAGGAAACGGAGCUGCAGCGACGGACUUUGCACCAGAAUGGAAGUCGGUGGUGCCGCAAGAUAAAGAGCUGCGAGCGUAUCUGACAUGGAUGUGGCUAAAGGAGGGCUGGGUGUGGGAUCGCCACACGGGGAAGAGAACACUGGCGAGCGAACGGGUAAUGCGAGCUGCACGCCGGGGGGGAAUUGCUCAUGAGGAGGACGGAAAUUGGGUUCUCGAGAUGUCGCCGGUGAAGAAGGCUGGGGAAGAGAGCAGGAACCAAGGGGUUGAAAGGACGAAAGACAUCGCUUUCUUGCCACUAAAUGACCGAGAUCGCGAUAGGGACCGAGAUAGAAAAGCUUCCUCAUCUUCGACCCUCUCAUCCAAAUCCAAACAACGCAAGACUCGCCCGUCCCACGGACCGACCACCCGCACGUCAACCAAGGAACGCGACCCAGACGCUCCCACGGGACGCUCCUCAACUCCUACAUCUAGAUCCAAUUCCCGCACAAAGCGUCGGUCCUCCAUGCCUGGUGUCGAUAGCGCCAGCCGCACCGGCACCGCCUCGUUCCUCGAGUCGAGGACUAGUCUGCCGUACCCCACAUUCUCCAAGGCUCAUAGCAAGGAAGUCGUCGGCAAACCGAGUAUUCCCACGCCAGAUCCGACCGACCUGACAGAGGGGGGUAAAGAGGGUACCAAUGGAGAGAGUAACAACAACAACAACAACCAAGCGCCCCCUAGUCCUCCAUUGACAAGCGUGGACCAGCAAUCACACAAAGGAAGCACAGUUGGCGGGAAAGAAGAGAAGGGGCCGGAGGAGAAACCAGAGAAGCCAAAGACCAAGAUCCGGAUCAGAGCAGAGUCCACGCGGUCGUCCUCGAGUCUGCGGUCGAAGACGGAGGGAUCCAAGACGAGCAAGCCAACACGAUCGGACACUACGAAAUCAAGGGAUCUGCCGUCCCGGACGGCCAUUGUGGAGGAAGCGUCUGCGCCUAAACGAUCGUCCCAUCAUGCCACUCCCCCUCGCUCCCCGGCGACGGUGCCAAAUGGGUCAGAGGCCACUAUUGGACCGCCUCACCAUCCAGAAAAACCGCCCUCACGCACCCAGAACCGCUCGUCAAUGUCUUUUCGGACAUCUGGGACUCGUACCCCGGCUGAGGCUGCAUAUGACUAUGGACGCCCCCCUACGGCGAGCUCUGCCUAUGUGCCAGUUACGAUUCCGAAGGUGGAUUAUCUCCUCCAGAAUGGUGGCUUGAAUCAUCAAGUUCCCAAGUCGCUGCUUGGCUCCGCCGCUUCAGAAACGUUACCGUACGCAUCCUCGCAGCCUCCAUCUGGGGCCGGCCAGAUUUUUGAGCCGUUCAACCGACUUCUCGAGGAUUACCAUAAAGUCAUGACCAAAAAUGGCUCGCUCGCGGUUGCCACCGGUUAUCGAUCUGUCGCGCGGCCUGUGUUUGCCCGUGACAUCUCCUCUGAAUGUUGCCAGUGCCGGAUGUGUGAGCAUGAGGACUGGGGCGAGGUACUGGAACUCGUCUCUGGCCGUCGGGAACUUCCUAGCUGGCCGGCUUUCAUACUGAAUCCUUCUGUGGAACACGUUCCCAUGCAGAAACUAGACAUUGACGUGCCGGAGGAGUAUCGAGAUCACUUUAUUCGACAAUCGCGCAAGACAAAGGUCGCUUCCGGCCAGGCCACGAGCGCGCCCGAGGAAGUUGAUGACGAGACCCUCACCUUUGCUAUCUUGACACAUUUAGGACCCGAGGAGCGUUCACUUUCUACUUCACCUACUCCGCGGCCCGAGGGACAACCGCGCCCCCGACCUGCGCCACUGAUGUCAUCGUCACUAGCUAUCCAGCGGUUGUAUCGAUUGACGUCCGCUCCGCGCGACCCCGAAGCGGCUAUCUACAUGCUGAACAACCCGGGCAUGCACCACUGGGACAUCUUGAUCUCGGGUCGCUUCGAUGGUUUCCUACGGAGUGGCUCGACACCUCCACGCUGGAGCCACAGCCGAUCCAACACCCCAUUCACCACCGGCGGAAUCUCUCGUGGCCCGACCCCUAGUCAGCCAUACGGCACGUCCCCAUCGCCUGCACCCGCUGCAUUCGGCGGCCCAAUUGCCCUGGAUGAGGAGAUGGAGAUUGCCGCAUUGGCAGAGAUUGAGCGGGACAUCUACCUCGGCAUGGAGGCACUCGAAGACGCGUUUGAGGCCCUCCACUGCAAGGCCGAGGUAGUACGCCGCGCCCUCCGUGAACGUGGUGCGGGACUGUCGAUUGCGAACCAGAACCGUCGCGGUUCCUACGUCGAGGCUCGUUUGGGAACCCCCGCGUCCGGAUUGGGCGUAUGGGACGACGGCGACGACGACUUUUUGGAUGAUACCGUCUCAUUGGCCCCGGAUGAUUCGGCCAGCAAUAUCAGUUCCAACCGCCGACGUCGGCCAAAACGCCGCACGGAACGGCGGACGCCUGCGCCUGUCGAAGAGGAAGACGAGGAAGAAUACGACAGUCGACGAGGCUCACGGCGAAGAUGA